AUGGACACUGAAAUUGCCAAUGUUUCCCGAGCUGCUGCUCAAUCCGGGUCCCCGCAGGCAUGGACUCCCCAGCCCUCCUCGGGACAGAACACCUUGCUGGAUUGUCUGGCAGGAUGGUCGACCUGGCAAUACCUUGUGACGUUUCUGCUUGGCAUCGUCGUCUAUGACCAAGUCAUGUACCUUAAGCGAAAAGGCUCCAUUGCUGGACCUGCAUUUAAGAUCCCACUGAUGGGCCCGUUCCUGCAAGCAAUCCAUCCCAAAUUCGACGCAUACCUCGCCCAGUGGGCAAGCGGCCCUCUCAGCUGCGUUUCCGUCUUCCAUAAAUUCGUCGUCCUCGCUUCGGACCGAGACCUUGCACACAAAGUAUUCAAGUCGCCGUCGUACGCGGAGCCCUGCAUUGUCCCUAUUGCCAAGGACAUCAUAGGCCACAAAUCAUGGGUCUUCCUACAGGGUAAAGCGCAUGCGGAGUACCGAAGGGGGCUGACACCACUGUUCACCAACAAGGCCAUGGCUACCUAUCUGCCGGUUCAGGAGAAGGUAUUCACCGAUUACUUUGACAGAUUUGUGACCGCCAGUCAGGCAAACAGGGGCCGGCCAAUGGCUUUUAUGAGUAUGUUUCGCGAGAUCAACUGCGCCCUGUCAUGCCGCACCUUCUUUGGCGAUUAUAUUUCGCAGAAGGCGGUCAAGCGGAUCGCUGAUGAUUUCUACCUUGCCACCGCCGCUUUGGAGCUGGUCAACAUUCCCCUGUCAAUGUACAUUCCCUUCACCAAAACAUGGUUGGGCAAGCGCACGGCCGACGCCGUCCACGUCGAGUUCGCUAAAUGCGCCGCCGCUUGCAAGGCGAACAUGGCGACGGGCGCAAAACCCACGUGUAUCGUCGACCACUGGGUGCUUCAUAUGAUGGAAUCAAAGCGGUACCACGAGCGCGUUGCCGCGGGGGAAACAGACGUGGAGAAGCCCACGAAUCUGAUCCGCGAGUUCACAAACGAGGAGAUUGGAGAAACGCUGUUCACGUUCCUCUUCGCUUCGCAGGAUGCGUCGAGCAGCGCCACAACAUGGCUGUUUCAGAUCCUUGCCCAGCGACCGGAUGUCCUCGACCGAUUGCGGGAAGAGAAUCUGGCUGCGCGCGGCGGCGAUAGAAAUAGGCCCUUCGAUCUUCCCAUGCUGGAGUCGCUCUCCUAUACCAACGCCGUCAUUAAAGAACUGCUUCGACAUAGACCGCCGGUCAUCUUUGUCCCGUAUCUUGCGACCAAGAAUUUCCCCGUCACGCCUGACUAUACGGUCCCCAAGGGCUCCAUGGUUAUUCCGUCCUGCUGGCCUGCUCUCCACGACCCGGACGUCUAUCCCAAUCCGGAGGUAUUCGAACCCGAGCGUUGGAUAUCCGGUGAUGCCGAGUCCAAGACCAAGAACUGGCUUGUGUUUGGCGCGGGACCACACGAGUGUCUUGCAAAGCGAUAUGUACCGCUAUCAAUGGCAGCGAUGAUUGGCAAGGCGGCGCUGGAGCUGGAAUGGACACACCAUGCUACUGAGAAGUCAGAGGAGAUCCGGGUGUUUGCCACGUUGUUUCCGAUGGAUGGGUGUCAACUGGUGUUCUCGAAGCGCGUGUAG